CUUAUAUAAAGGCUGGUCAGUGUCGGCAACAGUUGCAAACAAGGAGUUUACGUUCAAAAAGUGGCAAUGCUUUUCUCGGUGGGUCUGAGCCUUGUGGUGCUGCUUUCAGUGGUGGGAGCAGCCACAGUGGAGAGGGUGGAGUAUGACUACUACAAAUACCAUCCAAUGCCAGAGAUCACAGACUGGAUGGUUCAGGCUGCGAAGAAUUACCCUGAAGUUGUGACUAUAGUGGAAUAUGGACAGACCUAUGAGAAGAGGACUAUUAGCUUGCUCAAGAUCGGCGUUAAUACGGGGGAGAAAAAGAAAGCUAUCUGGAUGGACUGUGGUAUACACGCCAGAGAACGGAUCGCCCUGGCCUUCUGUCAGUACUUUGUCAGAGAGAUCCUUCAAGCAUACAAAACAGACCCAAAGAUGCAAGUGAUGAUGACGAAUAUGGACUUCUUUGUCACCCCCGUGCUCAACAUAGACGGAUACAUCCACUCCUGGAAGGACAACACAACUCUACUGUGGAGGAAGAACAGGUCACCGGGACCUUUAAACUGCACCUGUUACGGCACAGACCUCAACCGCAACUUUAACGCCAACUGGGGCACGAUCAGGGUUUCCUUCGAAUGCUGCGACAACAUCUUCUGCGGGAUCAAACCUGUGUCCGAGUCCGAGGCCCAGGCCGUCACUUAUUUCGUAGGAAACCGGAGAGAAGACUUCCUGUGUUUCCUCACCAUCCACUCCUACGGCCAGAUGCUCCUGGUUCCAUUCGGACACCCCAACUUCACCGCCAGCAACUACGAUGAGCUGAUGAAGGUAGGUAAGGGUGCAGCGGACGCCAUUCGGAGCGUGCACGGGAAGCACUACACCGUAGGAACCUCACUGGAUUUGUUGUGUAAGUCCACACAUCACAGCUGGUCACAGAUGUAUUUGACUUUGUUGCUGUGCUAG